AUGGCGUCGACCCCAUUCGCAGAUUCUGCUGACAUUUCUCAUCGUAUGAGAGUGCCAGAAAGAAUAAUAGUUACGGGAGAGUCGUCUUCACCGGCUUCCAGCUCUUUUACGUCUCAAAACGUGACAAGAGAUCGUCAAAUUGUCGACAAUUCUGUAAUGGAGACGAGCUUUCAAUCAAUGAUAACCGAAAGGCCAAUAAUGAGUGUACCAGAGCACAUAAGAUUGGAUAAGAAUUUGACUCCGAGCGGAGGUCCCAGGACGAGUUCUAGAGCAGAACGUCUUGAUGAUACAUUUGAGUUUCAGACACGUCCAUUGCCAGCAGAUGGAGAGCCAAUCAACAGCAGUCGAAUAGACAAAGAGACGCCACCUUCUAAUCGACAGACAUCGAGAAUAACGGUGUACAUCCCGGAGGAGACGGAAGAAAACGGGAUUCUAGACAAAGAUGAGGAAGAUGAUGAGGAUGAAGGGGAGAGUAAAACUUCAUUUGAUGAUUCUAUAAACGACGAUAUUAAUGACGUCAUUGAUGAUGAAAAUGACGAUGAUGAUGAUAACGUUGAUAGAAGAGUUGACAGGCAUGCCACUCGGAGGAUAGAUACUCUAGAACGGGAGGUAGUGUCUCUUCGUCGUCAACUAGAACGAAUUGAAAGAGGAAUGACUUUAGGUAAUUCUCCUAUUUUGGCAUCAUUUUUUGUGUUGUGGUUGGUCAUUCCAACAAUGUAUCAGUUACUGUCUAGGUAUAGGUAGUAACAAUUGAAUGAAAGGUAUAGCGAAUUAAGUUAAUGCAUCUGGUCUAUGUGUGCGAUUGUAUUUACA